UGUGGCGAGCAGCAUCUGAUUACAGAGACCUCAACACAACGACGCCAGCCAGCAUCGGAGGGGGGAAACACUGAGGUGAUAUACCAGCGGAAACACUUUUAUUUUACAUAAAAAGUCAACACUGCACUUUUUAACAUUUUUUAAAGGCUCAAAUCAGUUUUGGGGGGUGCGAGGCGACUAAACAGUCAACCGGUGAUCAUGUGCUGGUGAAUUUCUAGAAGACAGGCUUGAACUCGGACCAUCUCACUGUAAUGGCUGAGGGGGGCCGACGGGUGACUGCGAACUAAACUUCCCAAGACAAAAUGUCUCACUUUGCUCAGGCGUAAAGGGGGAGUGCCAGUUUUAUUUUCACGAAAGUGUCGCCCGGUUACUCAGCCGUCAGUGCCGCGGCUUGAGGAAUAAAGAAGACAGUGGCGGAGGAAGAAGAAGAGAGAGAAGAAGAAGCGAGGUUUGGUUUGUUCCUGCAGGUCGGAGCGACGCGACAGGAGCUGCAGGCCCUUGGAGACAUAGGCUGUCUUCCGUUUGGACAUCUGUCCAUCUCUGUUUUCAUCUCUGAUAAGUUUUUUCUGCAGCCGCCACCAUUCCGUGCUGUAAGGGAGACCCCAACAUGUCUUCCAAUGGAGACCUCAGCGACCUGGGGAGCUCUGACAGCUUCUGGGAGCCGGGGAACUACAAGAGGACAGUGAAGCGGGUAGAUGACGGCCACCGCCUGUGUAAUGAGCUGGUCAGCUGCUUCCAGGAGAGGGCAAAGAUAGAGAGGAGCUAUGCUUUGCAGCUCAGUGACUGGGCCAAGAAAUGGAGGAACACUGUGGAGAAAGGACCUCAGUAUGGCACACUGGAGAAGGCGUGGCAUGCCUUCAUGCAGGCAGCGGAGCGACUCAGUGAGCUUCAUCUGGAGCUGCGGGAGCGGCUUGCCGGAGAAGACAGCGAGAAGGUGCGCAACUGGCAGAAAGACGCCUUCCACAAGCAGAUGAUGGGAGGCUUCCGAGAGACCAGGGACGCUGACGAUGGCUUCCGCAAAGCCCAGAAACCCUGGGUCCGCAAGCUGAAGGAGGUGGAAUCCAGUAAAAAGAGCUACCACCAGGCCAGGAAGGAGGAGCGGACAGCAGUUACCAGGGAAACACAUGCCAAGGCCGACCCAUCCAAGUCCCAGGAGGAAGUCCGCAAGUUCACCACUCGGGUGGAGCGCUGCAACCAGGAGGCCGAGAAGGCAAAGGAGCGCUAUGAGAAGGCCUUGGAGGAUCUGAACCGCUGUAACCCUCGCUACAUGGAGGACAUGGAGCAGGUCUUUGAUUUAACACAGGAGGCUGAGCGCAAGAGGCUGCGCUUCUUUAAAGACGUCCUCCUGGACAUCCACACACACCUUGACCUCUCCUGCAAAGACGGGUUCAAAGCCCUGUACCGCGACCUGGGUCAGACCAUCCACGCUGCCAAUGACACAGAAGAUCUGCGAUGGUGGAGGAACACCCACGGGCCUGGGAUGAGCAUGAACUGGCCCCAGUUUGAGGAGUGGUCUCCAGACGCCAGCCGCUCCAUCAGCAGGAAGGAGAGGGGGGGCCAUGCAGAGGAGAACGUGGUGACCCUCACCAACAUCGUCUCAGCAGGGGGAGAGGAGGUCCCGCCCAGCCCCAACAACCAGGACACCGGCAGGGUGAAAGACUAUUCAUCAGACUGGUCAGACGAGGAGAGCCCAAAGAAGGUGCUGGCAGUCAACGGGGUGGGGGAGGUGGAGGACGAGGAGGAGCAGGUAGAGGGGGUGCGCGUCCGAGCGCUCUAUGAUUACACGGGCCAGGAGUCCGAUGAGCUCAGCUUCAAAGCAGGAGAGGAGUUGCUGAAGCUGGGGGAGGAGGAUGAGCAGGGCUGGUGUAAAGGACAGCUGACCAGCGGCCAGGUUGGCCUCUACCCUGCCAACUACGUCCAGGUUAUCGCUUCCUGAUGGCCCGCCUCCGGUCACCCAGCCAAUGGUACUCCAGACUCAAGAAUCAGGACCAAUCGCAAGUGAUUAUUAGCGCCAACAUGUAGACAUGCCCUCUAUGAAACUGGACAGUUUUGGUGACUGACUGUUAUAAUCGUCUCUCAGCAUUUUAUUUUACUUUAUUUUGUUUUGACAAUCCACUCACAUGUUGCUGCCACACUAGCGGAGAAAGGAGAGCGAGCUAUUCCCUCAUCUUCAGGUCAACACCAUGUAUUUCCAAAAACAAUUUUGAACAGGCUUUACAGAGAAAGCAAAGACAUGUUGAACAAUGUGAAAUGACGGGUUGAUCAGAAAUGAGAAACCCCACUGAGUGACUGUCGGUGCCUUAGUAGAGGAAGCCAGAGAUGUCCAGAGCCGCCCUGCUGUCUGACUGUGGGAUUACACCCUCUGAUGGAUGAUGACCUGGCCCCUUAAAUGUUACUGCUGAUCGCCUCCAGGAUUUAAACUGGUCACAGUGGAAUCCAGUAGCUCACUGGUUACCUGGACUUUAGUGAACAUCAUGUAUUUAAAUGCACACAGCAGGUGAAACACAGCUGUAAAAGUGAGCCGUACACGUCCUUCAUUUCCCCUCCCGGUCUUGUAGCCUGGCAGUGGUCUGCUUGGCACUGUAUGUAGGUGUUUGGGUGUAACAGUGUAUACACUUUCAUAUUUGUCUACUUUUCACUGAUAGAAACCUUUUUUUCCCCUUGCAAUGCGAUAGCCAUGUUUAUGUUGCUGAUUUUGAAUAUGGAUGGUUCAAACUAUUACCACCUGCUUCUCAAAAAAAUGUGUCUACUUGGUAUGAUUAGUGUUUUUACACAGUCAAACUUUUUAUUUUCUUUUAAUUUAUUUUAUGUUGAAAUCAUUCAGCUUUUUUUUUUCCAUUUGAACUAAAUGGGGAAUGCAUGAGUAGUUGACAAAUAGAUGUAAGUCAUUUAACCUGUAACCUUUGUUUGCUAGUUUUGCUUUACGGGGCGAGGCUCAACUUGGUUCCUAAUCCUGACGCACAUGCACCUCAGUCAUCUAAAAAGAAAAACGAAAUGUUAUUUUUUUUGUCUUUUUUGUCUAAUGAUGUCAGCUUUUUGGUUUUUGUGUUUUUAGUGAGGUUUGUGGGUUGUGUGUUUGAGAGGGAGCCUCCCUCUGCCCUGCUGAUCGGAGCACCGCUAGAGCUAACCCAUUUAGGCUUCCAAAUAAUAAUAAUAAAAAAAAUACCUUAAAGUCA